AUGAAAAAAUUAGUCCAUAAAGAGUCCCAAUGGGAAAUCCUUUCACAAUUGGGUACUGGGGCAUUUGGGAGAGUAGUGAAGGCUAAAAAGAUAAACUGUGAUGGUACAGGUAUUAUAAUUGAUAUAUGCGCAAUUAAAAUCAUAAAAAAAAGCGUAUUUACAAAAAAUGAAAUUGAAAUUUUAAAACAAUUAGAUCACCCUUUAAUUGUUAAAUAUUAUGGUUAUGGAGUUGGAGAAAUUGAUGAUAAUAUUUAUAUUUAUAUGGAGUAUAUAGAUGGAUAUCCAGUAUCUUCAAUUUUAAGAAAACAACCAAAAAAUCAAUUUCCAGAAGAUAUUAUUAGUAAAAUUGUAAUAGAUUUAGCAUUAAUUCUUUCUUAUAUUCAUGACAAUGAAAGAAAAAUUAUUCAUAGAGAUUUAAAAUGUGAUAAUAUAAUGUUAGUAAAUGAUAAUACUCAUAGUUGUGAUGUCAAUGGAAAUUGUAGUAGAAAUGGUGGUGGAAGUGCUAAAUCUGCAAAUCAAUCAUUUUUCACUGAAGAUUGUGUUUGUAAUGUAAAUGGUAGUGGUACAGAUGAAAAUUGUAAAUCUUGUAAAUUAAAGUCAAAACCAAUUAGAGAGAUUCAAGGCAGUUGUGAAAGUUGUGGAAGUGAUUUAGAACAGGAUUCAUCAUCAUCAUCGUCAUCCUCAUCGUCAACUAUUAAUAAUGGCCAAAGUUCAACUUGUCGUUUAAUAAAUUGUAUAUAUAGUGUUAGUAAAAAGAUUAAAUUAAUUGAUUUUGGAUUAUCAAAAGGUUGUGAUGGUGAUUCAAAAUAUUAUUCAUUGGUUGGUACAUCAACUCAUAUGCCACCAGAGGUUGCUCUAAGAAAUAAUACAGCAUGUAGAAAAUCAGAUAUAUGGAGUUUGGGUUGUACUAUAAUUGAAAUGGCUGGAGGUAAUCUUUUUGAAAAAGAUAUUCAUGGAAAACCAAAAAUACCUGACCAUUUAUCUGCAAGUUGUAAAAAUUUUAUUCAACGUUGUUUAACCAUUGAUCCAAAUCAUAGAGAUGAUAUUAUAAAUUUGAUUUCUCAUAAUUUCAUUGAUAGGAAUAGAAUUAAUGAAGAAAUAAAAGAAGAUAUUAGUAAAUCGAAAAUUCAAUUUGAUGAUGAAUUUAAUGAAAUAAUAUCACCAGGAGAUUUAGAUAGUGUAAAUGAAGUUGUAUUUGGGUUUGAUUUCAAUCAAACCAUUAUACCUGGGACUAUGAAUUCUGUGAAAAAAAUAGAAUUUGGUGGUUCAUUUAAUAAAGAAUUAUUGAUAGAUUCACUUCCAUCAGCAACAUCAAUAACAUUUGGUGCACGUUUCAAUAAUGGGAAUAAACCUUUUGCUAUUGGAGCAAUACCAUCAACUUGUAAAUCUAUUACAUUUGGUUGGACAUAUAACCAACCAUUUUAUCCAGGUAUUUUACCCAAUUCAUUAAAAAAAUUAAUAUUUCAAGAAGGUGGUGAUUUCAAUAGAAUUUUAGAGGUUGGUUCGCUACCUUCAUCAAUUACCACAUUAAUUUUGGGUGAUUAUGAUCAAAAAAUAGAAAAAGGUGUAUUACCAAGCUCUUUAACCAUAUUGGAAUUAGGAGGGGAAUUUAAUCAACCUUUAGAGGGAUCCAUACCAGACUCGGUGACUUCACUAACAUUAGGAUAUAGAUUUAAUAAAGCUUUAACUGAAAAUUGCAUUCCACCAAAUUGUAAAUUUUUAAAAUUCGGAUCCAACUUCAAUAAAGAUUUAUCACCUGGAAUCCUACCAUCAUCCAUUGAAACAUUAAUAUUAGGUUAUUGCUUCAAUAAAGAACUUGUGGAAGGUUCUCUACCUUUAUCAAUCACUACAUUAAUAUAUGAACAUAGAGAUAAUCAGAAAAAAGUCUCUUAUGAUUAUAAGGAGGUCACAAAUCUCUCCAAAGAUUUAGAGGAAAAUGAAAUAAUACCAUUAACUCCGGAAUCACUACCAGAAUCAAUCACUAAAUUAACAAUUGGUAAAAAUCAAAAUCAUGUAAUAGAAUUCAAUUGUUUACCACCUGAUCUUCAAUGUUUAAAGUAUCAUGGUGGUUUUAUUCGUCCACUAAUUCCACGUGAUUUACCAUCCUCAAUUACAUCUGUAAAACUAUAUAAUUAUAAUUAUGAAAUUAAAAAAACCUCAAUUCCUAAAUCAGUUACUUCCUUACAACUUGGAUCUCGUCACAAUAAAUUUACUCAAAUUCAAUCCCUAUCAAAUUUUCAUCCAAAUAUGCGUGAUUUAAAAAUAUAUAUAAAUGAUGAUGAUAUUGAUAUCUAUAACUUAAAAGAUAUUAUUCCACAAACAAUUACAAGUUUAAUCAUUAAUGGUGACAAUAUUGAUUUACCAAUUGGAAUUGAAAAUUAA